AUGGAGGUUAAGACUCAAAAUAUUAGGAAGCUCGUCAACGUUUUUGAGAAGCGUAAGUCAACGGGAAGUGAAGUGAAGUGCAUUCUUGGGCAGUGGUGUUGCCCACAUUUUCGAUUAAAUCCUUUCUAUAACAGUAAAGACAUCAAUGUGAUAGCGUCAAGGCAUAUUAAAAGGGAAAAGUUGUCACCCGUGGUGAAACGCCUCUGCUUAUGAUCCCUAUUAACUUUUGGACGCUUUUGACGCCUUUACUGUGGCCAACUUGUAACGUACCUCAAUCAGACCUUGUGUUUAUAUUAAUUAGUUUCUAAUUACUUACAGAGGAAAUGAAAAGCUGCCUUGGAUUUUCUCAGAAUGGUUUCACUUCUAAUGGCGUCUAUCACAUCAUCCCAGAUGGUUGUAAGCCAAUACAAGUGCUUUGUGACAUGAGCACAGACGGUGGAGGUUGGACCGUGUUUCAGAGACGUUUAGACGGCUCGGUGGAUUUUCAGCUCGACUGGAAAUCCUACAAAAAUGGGUUUGGUGAUCUGAGCAGCGAAUUCUGGCUUGGAAACGACAAUCUUCACUGUUUGACAGCCACCCAUGAUGUCAUGCUUAGAAUUGACCUGGAGGACUUUGAUGGCAAAAUUUCGUAUGCUGAAUAUUCCACUUUUAAGAUCGCUGACGGGGUGGAUAAAUACCGUAUUGCGGUUGGAGGGUACAAUGGCACAGCUGGUGACUCCAUGACAGAUAGCGUUAAGUUUCUACCCGCAAAGUAAGUAUUGAUUUUAGACUGGUGCGACUUACCACAGCACACUCUUGUUCUUGUCGUUCUUCUCCUUCUUCUCCUUAAUCUCCUUCUAUUCUUUCUUCUUUUUAUUGUUAUUUUAUCAUAAUUUUUUAAAUAAAUCGUUAUUGUACUUUCUGCCACACGCACCACAGUUACAUAUUUUACAGUAACCAGUAACUAAAAUAAAAAUAAAAGGCUAAACAGGAAGCUACAACUGUACAGAACAGUCCAGUACGUAAAAACUGACAACUCCACAAAAAAGAAGCAAAUUUAAGUAGGCGAGAUUGUCACCGAAAAAGGUGCUGUCAAGUAGGAUAAUUUUAUGGCAUUUAUCAAUUUUCCAUUGAGCUAACAUUUUUGUUGCUGGAUCAGAGGAAGUGGGGUGUUUUCUUAACGUUUUGCAUUGUUGAUAAUAUUUCUAAGUUUGCAAAAUUGGGAUCCAAAACUUCCGUUUUGCAUUGACCAAUACGUUUGAAGGAGGUUUGCAGUCUUUGAAGACCAACUGCAAGCUGGAAAGGUUGAGGUUUAACUUGUGUUUAUCAUUAAACCAUCCGUAUUAUUUCUUGCGAAAGAGAGAGGCCACCAAAGGACUCCAGAAAAGCGUGUUGUAUAGAAUCACGUGAUCUGCAGUAAAUGUGACUCGUCGUCAACCGAAGUUUUAAAUCUCUGCAGCGCCUUGUUUGGUUACUAAUAUCCGAUGUAGUAGUUAAAAGGAAAAUUUUCUCAGUUUGUUGUCAUUAGAUAGCCGCGGUGUAUUUUUAAACAGAUCUUUCCACAUACUCUUGAUGUCAACUAGUGUUUUGCUUUCACCACGUGUUUACGGCUGUGGGUGCUAUAUUUGUCUUUUUUCCUUUAUUUUGAAAAACAAGACAAUAAUCCUUAGUUAUACAUCGUAUUUUUGAAAGCAAGAAUGUCUUCUUCUUCUUUAUUUUCCCUUUUAACUACCAGUUCAAUUUUUACGGAAACGUCUUUAUCCUACACUUUGACUGGGUUCGCCCCAUGUAUAAAUCUGUUCGCCUCAUGCAUAAGUCUGUUCCCCCCCAUGCAUGGGUCUGGUCGCUCAAUGUAUUGAUCUGUUUGCCCCAUAUAACAGAAUCCAAGACAGCCUUGGGUUCUGGAUUGCACACUUUGCAUUCCGGAUUCCAGGUGCCGGAUUCUAGCCUUGGUAAGUGGAACUGGGUGUCAGUCGUUCGUGGGAUUCUGGAUUUCUUUGUCUGGAUUCUGGAUUCCAAAGCCCAGGAUUCCAGAUUCCACCAGUAAAAAAUCCCGGAUCUCGGAUCCCACCAGCAAAAUUUUCUUGGAUUCAGGCCCUUAGAUGGGGCGAGACUGUAGAACAUUUGUGAUGUUAUUUUAUUGUUGGGCGCGGGAAUUAUAUUUUUCAAGUACGUCUGUAUUGCAGACUAUAAAAACACUCUUCCGCACUACUUUCUUCCCUGAAAGGAAUCACAUCAUCUUCCGCUGAGAGGAUCAGCUACAAAUUCUUGGUUCGGUAACGUGCGUUUGUCCAAAUCAAGACCUUAAUUCAAACCAUUGUUCACAUCUCUUCUCAAAACUACGUUCUGCAAUCAGGAAUCCAAUCAGUUUAGCACAAAUAACAGUGUGCUUAAGUUGCCCUACGCUCUCUUUUGUGGUGUAUUUCAUCUGACACACACAAGACAUAUCUUCUUAAAUGAGCCUAAUAAUACAUUUGUUAACAUGAUAUAUUUCGAUUAUCUGUCUACCUUUCAUUUAAUAAGUACGUUAACACACUCCAGCGGUUCCUUUUGAGAUCUAAACCCCGGGAAAAUCUCAGUGUACGCGUGUUCUGAACAAAAAGUCUCAAAAACUAUGCCCUUUGGUCAGACUUUGGAGAGCACAGUUUUGCCAUAAGUUGUACAAAAGCAAGGAAAUCUAAUUAUUCAAACCCUCAUGGCGAGAAAGCCCAAUAGAAACCACCGGGCUUAAGGAAUGGGUUCCCUCAGUUAAAUAAUAAGAACAAAAUAUUAUCAUAAUUACACAUGGAAAAAUCGACACAGAUCUAUAAAGUAUACAGGGAAGUGUACCCCCGGGGAGAUGCACUAUCGAUGGAUGCGCCGAUAACGACUGUUCUCUAUUUCUUAACAGCAACAUGCAAUUCACAACCAAAGACGCUGAUAAUGACGGAUCCAGCGUAAACUGCGCGGAGACACAAAAAGGAGGAUGGUGGUAUAACGCCUGCAGUUGGGCAAAUCCUAAUGGCGUAUAUUACAGUGGAAAAUACAGCAACCAAGACGCCGAUGGAAUAAAAUGGGUCACACUAAGAGGACAUAAGUACUCAUUCAAACGUAUUGAGAUGAAAGUAAAACCCAAAGUGUAAACUGACACUAGUGUACAGUCUUACGUGUCGAUGUUGUAACAAUUCAGAUAUUGAUAGAUUAUCCACGUUCAGCAGAAUGUCCCAUAACACUGAUUUUACACUUUUUCUAAUGGUUUACCCGAUUUUCGACACCCUUGUAGCGACCGGACAUGAUUUUGAGGAAAAUGAUAUAUGAUUUCAAUAAAAAGUGCUGAAAACAGUAGCGAUCUAGAUAACAUAUAAGAAUAAGAAUAUUCUUCACGUCUAUUGUAAACCUUAUCUAGUUCUCUAUGGAAAAGAAAAUUAAGCGAUGACGCCAUAAAAACUAAAUUGGAAAAAAUAUGGGAUAGUUUAGCAUAUCCAGAAAGAACCAGAUGAAAAUGUUCACUUGCCAAUAAUGAGCCUGCUAGCGCAAAUUGACUGGCGGAAAUACGCCACCUCCACUUUUCCCAUAAUGCACCUUAUUUACCCCCAAAAAUUUUCUUUAAAGGGACAGGCUCACGGUUCAGCGCAUGCUCAUUAAUUAAAUUACUUUUUAUCCAGUUUAUUAUUUAUUCUAUCGGUUAAUAAUCCCACUCACACAUAUCUCAGCGAUCUCAGAGUGUAUUUCAAAGUAGAAGUGUAUUUCAGAGUAACCUGAAGUAGGAUCGAGGAGUACUAAAAUCGCAGAAUAUAUACAACAACAACAACAACGAGCUUUAUUUGCAUGACCAUACAAACAUACAGUACUGCAAAAGCUAUGUUUAGGAAUCAAAAUUACAACAUAUACGUAUACUUCUCUUGUCAAUUGCUUCAAAUUUCUUUCAAGAAUGUUUCGUCGCUGUAAAAAUUUAAGACACGCAGGACGUUACACUUGAAUGAUAUUUUUUCUUUAGUUUUAAUUCGUUUACAGUAUUUAUUUGAGAAGUAAAAUUUCGCUUUCAGUCUGACUCUUUGUAAUAAUGAUAAAAUUGACACGAUGAACUCAAGCCAUUUCUAUUUUUCUUUCGGGAUCAUUUUCGGUCGCCUUUGGAGAUCACUUGCGGUCGAGGAUCAUUUGCGGUCCAUUUUGGAGAUCAUUUGCGGUCUCGGGAUCAUUUGCGGUUGAGGAUCAUUUGCGGUACUGUACAGCUGCUCCCAAAGGAAAACAAAUAAGAUCAUUAACAUACAGUCAUCCCAACUGUUAAGCCAAAACUUAAGGGGAGAUCCCCACAAACUAUGAAACAAAUUAUUAGACAUGAAUAAAAACCGCUUAAUGUUAACACGUCUUUACUAGAAAAUCGAACUGUGAAUCAAUACAUUGCGACCAAUGUUAGCACAUUUUUGACAGCCAUACCAGAUUAUUUGCAUUUCUCCCAAUUUAGGAAAACUUUUACAAGUUAUUUCAGAUGUGUAUCUCUAAAAGUGUCUGAGGCAAGCCAGCAUGAGACUAAAAGUUGAAAACAAUGCGUUCAGAAUAUUACUCGCUUUCGGCUUUCCAAAUGUAAAAUAUAAAGGAACUAAUUUUUUAUGGUACAUGAAACAGCUCUAUAUGAGAAUCAUGUGAAAUAAUUAAGCAAUUCAUAGAACCACCUGCUUAAAAGCAGAGCUCUCAAAGGAAAACAAGUAAGAUCGUUAACAUACAGUCAUCCCAAAUGUUAAGACAAAACUGGAGGGGAGCAUGAUCCCCUCAAACUAUGAAACAAAUUAUUUCACAUUAAUAGGCGUCUUUACUAGACAAUCGAACUGUGAAUCAAUACAUCCGGUUUCUACGAAUGUCAGCACAUUUUUGACACCGAUACCAGAUAUGAUUUGCAUUUCUCCCAAUUUAGGAAAACUUUUAAGAGUAAUUUUAAUCAUUAUGAUAGCUUAUGAUAGUUGUACGGUCACCAUUGAAACACUAGGUUUAAAGGAAAAAUUAGUCUGCUAAAAAAAUCGGUUGGAUGCGAAAAAACUCUCUAUUUUUGGGAUUAAUUCAAACUUGAAUGCAAUGCAUUCACAGAAGUUAAAAGGGAUGCAAGUUUCUAAAUUAGUUAGUGAAGGGGGUACCAUUUGUAAUUAGAGGGUAUACGAAAGGAGUACCGUUCCUGUCAAAAUUGGUAUAUAUGAAGGGGUAAGGGGUUGGACCUCGAAAAAAACUAUGUUGAGUACCCCCUCGCGAAAAAUACAGUCUUACUAGUCUAGUCAUCAUAACAUGAUUUUUCCCGAAAUUAAGAAAGAUUUUUUACGACGUUUUAAAGCUUAAUAAGGCGAGUAAAUUAUUUAGAUCAGCACUGCUAUGUAGCUUGUUUUGAAACGAAAGCGGAAGUUGACGGUGUUAGUAAUUUAACAUUAAUUUUUUUUGGUAUCCAACAUUACAGUAAACUAGGUGUCUGUCUGUGUUGAAUGGGUAGAAAUAGUUCAAAUUUAUUCAAAUUGCGUUGGAAUUAUAAAUACUUUGGCCUAAAGGGCUAUAAAGUGAAUUGAACUAUCCAGCAGAAGCAGAACAGCUGAAACACCGUGAAGCUGACCUGUCCGGCAAGAUGCUUUUGCUCCCUCUAAUAGUUUUUUCCGUGAUCAAUGCAUACUGCACAAGCCGUAUUUCAACGCCAGACUUUCAAGCUGUAAACUUUGCUCAGGCAAAAGAAAGACGAAAACUAAACGGAAGCGUUAUAAAGCAAGUUGAUGUGAUGUCAGAAGAUGACUGCAGCUUUCAAUGCGUCAAGGAUGAACGAUGCCUCUCUUACAACUUUGGGAACACAAAGAACAGAUCGGGGACAUUCGUUUGUGAGCUGAGCGAUUCCGACCGAUUUCUUGACGUCGGUAAUUUCACAGAAGAUGACAAUUUUAAGUAUAGAGGAGUGCAGGUAACAUUAUCGCCCUUUUUUUUUUAAAUUCAAACGUGUUAUUUUCUCUCAACCAGAAAAAUCCCGCAUACUAGUAUACUUAACAUCGCGCCAAAUAAAGAAAGGCUAGCUAUUUAGCUAUAUCAAAAAAUGUCUGAAAACAUCAAUCAGGGGUAGUGAGAACUCGAACUUAAUUUUUCUGUGCUGCUUUAACUGACGAGUACAGUGGAAGCCCUUGGCGGAAAAAAAUCUGCUUAAAUAGAAUACUAGAGUCGCUUUAUUUUUAUCAAUGGUGUGAUUAAGAUGAGACGGAUUCAGAUUUCUGUUUGAGAGAGUUUCCUUAGAUUUUGGGCGAUUUCACGCUAGAGAUAAAACAACACAAUCCGGAUAAUCCAGAGGGAUGGAAGAAUGCUUGAUUGUUCGUCCAAACUGAAAACCGUUAUGUGUUCACGUUGAGACCGGAAUUUCAGAUUUCAGUCAAAAUAUCUUGCAUGGAAAAGGGCGUUCACCGUUCGAAUUAGAGCUUUUUUUUAUCUAACGUUUAGCUGUCAAUAUACUGUUAAGCAUUGCAUCCAUGAGCAUGUUUUUUUUUUCUUUGGACAAAUCAACGGGAAUAAAGUUUCAGACAUUAUUAUAUAUAUUAUGAAGAUUAUGUGAAGAGAUUUUAAAAAAUUCCUUCGAGUCGUUUCAGAGAUAUACAAAAAAGCGCUAAAAGUCCAAAUUUUGAAUGAAGUUGCAUUUAAACAGGUGGUGAGAAAACGGGUUAGUUUUUAAGAUCGAAAAUACACCCAAAUUUAAGAUCGAAAUUUGAUAUUAAGCAACAUUCUGACGCUACUUAAGAAUAAUUUGAGUCAUUUAUAACGUUUUAUUAAUAAUCUAUCACGGCUAUGGAAAAUUUAAGGUUUGAAAUAUAUUUUUGUUUUAGUCGAAUUCAAACAUAAGGAUUUUGUUUACUUCUUACGGAGAUUACCUUAUUAUAGGAAAUUAACGCUCCAUGAAAUUAAGGUAUUGGAAAUUAACGCGACUUAAAUUAACGCGAAUUUAGUGGGAAACGACUUUCGAAUAAAGAAAAUUAACGCGAAGGAGGAGGUAGAAUUUCAUAAUAAAAGAAAUUAACGCGAUUAAUUACGCGAAAUCGAGGGAGAAGAUACUGACAUCACUUCUGACAGCGACAACGAUGAACUCGAAAUAUUGUAAACCUUCGCCUUAGCUUUUGUGAAAGAUGAAAAGAUAAAGAGUAAAUGGAAAGAAAGAAAGCUUGUAGUUAACGUUUUUUAGGUGUGAAGAAUGUCUGGACAGGUUCCAAUAUGGGGUUAAAAUACUGGAAAUUAAGAGCGCGGAAAUUAACGCUGCACUUAAUUAACGCUCAACAAAAUUAACGCGACUUAAAUUAACGCGAAUUUGAACGAUUCGCGUUAAUUUCAUGGAGCGUUAAUUUCCUAUAAUAAGGUAUUUGCUUAACACCAAACUUUAAGUUCCUAGUGUUGGAUUUUCAGUAGCUGGUCUAGAUCGCGCAAAAUUAAAUUGUGACAAAUUUCAACCUAUAGCCAAUCCUUGGUGAAAAUUUUAUAACGAUCAGACAAGGAUAAAAUCACUUUUAAAGCGAUUGAAAAAUAUCGGUAUGGCCCUUGAAAAACUAUAUCGAAACACCUUAACACGAUAAUUUUUAAAGCUAUAAAGCUUGUGGGGUCGUGUGUCUAAGAAUUAAACUAACCUAAUAUACAUCAAAACAUAUAUGGACACAGUGAUAUAAAAUUCUGUUGUCUGCAUCUUAUAGCAGAUGCAGACGUAUAUUCAAAUUUGAAAUCUAUGAAAUAAUCUUCAGCGCUGACACGCUUCCUGAGCUGAUUAAAAUUCAGGGUCACUGAUCUGCGCAGAUGUUUCCUUGUCAUUCGGUGGUUAACAAAGUUCUAUAACGAUACACCUCUAUAUGUUUCUGUCUCUCUCCUUCCUCUCAUCUUUGCCUCCUCGUGAGAGACCUCUGCUAGCAGGGAACUCUAUAGGAGAAUCAUGUGAAAUAAAGCAAUUCAUAGAACCACCUGCUUGCGGGGUAUACACGGCCGACGUCAUUCUCCAAACUAUUAACAAAGACAUUAAAUUAAACAAACUUAAAAGCAGAGCUCCCAAAGGAAAACAAGUAAGAUCAUUAACAUACAGUCAUCCCAACUGUUAAGCCAAAACUUAAGGGGAGGUCCCCACAAACUAGGAAACAAACUAUUUCACAUUAAUAAAAACCAUGUUAACGCGUCUUUACUAGACAAUACAUCCGGACGAAUGUCAACACAUUUUUGACACUGGCCCAUACCAGAUGGUUUGCGUUUUUCCCAAUUUAGAAAAACUUUUACAAGUAAUUUCAAUCAUAGGUAUGUAUCUAAAAGUGCCUAAAGCAACCCACCAUGAGACUAAAAGUUGAAAACAAUGCGUUCGGAAUAUUACGCGCUUUCGGCUUUCCAAAUGUAAAAUAUGAAGGAACUACUUUUUUAUGAUCCUUAAAAGCAAAUCGCACUACCAAAUUCAUUGCAUUUUGAAAUAGUUCAUGCAGAAAAAUGAGAAGAACAGUCUUGUCGUUCUCAGGUCAAGUAACUUUAAGUUUCGUAGGCGUCAGCAAUGUUCUGGUCAAGAAGGCCUGGAGAAACAUUUUCUCAUUGUUAAAACAUUUCCUAUCUAAAAUCUACAAUAUAUUUGAAAACCUGCAUUCCCUCAAAAGUUAAAACGUUUUCAAAUGUGAAAUUUCCGACAAUUUGUUACUAAUUCACUCAGACUUACAAGGAGCGGGGAGUUGAUGCCACCUCUGCUGAGGUUUUUUCUAAGUUUUAUCCUAAGUUUAAGUUUUAUCAUCAGCAUGCCUGACGUUUUCAGCAGCUGUUCGUUCAUCCCUUGCGCACAUUUUUAGACAAGUUUAGUGAUGGUCAGUUGCUAUGGUUACGAUAUAUGACGUCAUAAGAAGCAGGUGGUCAAGCCAUUUUCGAGUGCAAAUACAUGUUUUUCUUCAACUCUUUCGAUAAUAAAAGUAAAUCUUGCGGGUACAAUCAUGAGAAUGCUUAUUUGUAUGUUAUUUUUCAUGUAAAGCACAAAAAAUUACCAUUUCCCGCAGUUUUAACCUGAUUUCUAAUUCUUGGUAAACAGACGGUUAACAGGCAUUUCCUAUGAGAUAAGGCCCUUAUAUAUCAGUAGUGUCUGUUCUAUAUUAAAUAUACUAUUUACCCAACUUCAAGUAAGUAACACUCGCGAUCAGCUUACUCUUUUCCCUUUAUUCGUUAAGGCUUAACGUCUUUACAGCUUCAACCGUAAAAAAUAGCUUUCGCUUUUUGGCGUACGGCGUCAAAUAAGGUUCAAAGUUUGAAGUUUAGUAUACUCAACAUGUUGUUAACUUGCCCAAGUGUAAACGCGGAUAACUUUUUAAGUUUAAUUAAAACCCUUGAAGUCUUACUGUACAAUCAAUUAAAAAUAUUUUAUGAUGAAGUAUACUAUUUUCAGUAGUAUAUCGUGUGAUAAAAAUUGUUAUUUUACAAGCACGUACUUACGCGUGUUUCGCCCGAAAUAAAUCAAAUGAGAAAAAUUACCCUCGAAGUAUGAUGGAUAACAAUUCCGCACUUUUCUUUGAUAACUUUAAGAGCGGUUAACUUAAGCGUAGCAAAGCAAGUGUUUUAUGCUAUGUUUCAGAUUUAUUCCUUAAACCCAUUUAAUGUGAAUUACAUAGCAAGGCGGAAAUUUCCCUGACGCAGGGCACCUCCGUUUCUAUGAAAAAAUCUUACUGCAGUCUGGUGUUAUGUAAUUACUUCUGUCGCUUUCGUAAUCCUGCGUCUUUCAGAAAUGUGAUUUCUAAUUAUAGUAAGCUUCGCUAUUCUCGGCCCAAAGGCCCGAGCUUAUAAGUUUUUUCGAGACAUAUAAUCACGAAUCUCGGGAGGAGGUAGGGGGUAGGGCGAUUAGGCGACCAGCCGCGAAAGUCCUGUUGCAUAACUUGUAGGCUCAUUUUGUUAACCCUUUUCAGCCCCUUCUCACCAAAAAGCGGAAUAACUUCGUAACCGUUCAAUCUAUGACCACAAAACAUUUUUCCUAAAAAGUAUCUGGGAACACUUUUAAAACGUCGUGACGUGUGUGUCAAUAUUGACGUUACCAUGGCAACCAAGUUUUAACAGCCAUGUUUUUUUAACCUUUGUAUCUUUUAGUAUCAUAAAAAAAAGUUUAUUCCUGUUUUUACUUGUUAAAUUGUUAUUUUACAGUUAAAUUAGCAUCAUUUUAUCAAAUUUUUUUAUAACUGUUAUUGUAAUCCAGGAUUUUAAGUGACUCGUUUGAGAAAAAAAAAUCACUUUUGAAAUGACCAAAUGGCAGAUGCUAAGGUCAAUUGUCAGCAGUGUUCAUAUAUUUUUCUUGCAUGUUUUGCCUUUAAAGCAUCCUUUUAUACACAGAUCAAAUUUUCUGUUACGAUUACCUCGAUUUAUACAAGUUUUAAGUAAAAUGGAAUACAUUUAAUUAAUUCAAAAUUUGAGAUCCAAGUUAGUGGAUGGUUCCAGUACCUUCUUUAAUAAGAAAUGACGUCUUCAUGACAUCACUGCUAUUGUUAAAGAUUAUAAAUGUGUUAGCUCUCUUCUUAAUUUCUAUCAGAUAUAUUUUAGUGUUUUUUUGUUUUAUAUAUGGCUACUUUAGGUAGAAGAAAAGAUAAAAUUUGGUUUCUGGCAAUAAAAUUCAAUAAUGGGUCGUCGUUUGUUGUUGUUGUUUACCUUUUCAAGGAAAAACUUGAACAGUGGCAUAAUUGUGUCAAAAUCGUUUGAAAAUUUGCGUAUUUAAUGUUUUUCAUUCAUUACAGAGUGUCUGCGAGUCGAGCAAAUUGAACCCGUGCGGUGAAAAAGGUAUCUGCAUUCCAGACUACUCCAGGGAUAGUUUUAGAUGA